CACCCGUGAAAAUCUACGCCUAGUAGAGUACCACCAGCAUUGUCUAUGCUAGGCACAUCAUACGGAUAAAUCUAAGCGAUCUAAGCUUACGAAAAAGGUUGACCAACAGCAACGGUGUUACACAGGCAUACAUUCCAGUGAUACAGACAUACACGAAUACAAUCUAACUUGAAAAUCUAAAUCCUGAAUUUUAAGGUGCGAUGGAGACGUAGUUUAUGCAUGAGUGUGUCGAACUGUUUACCUCCAUCUGUGCCUGCACCGACUCCCACCGUGAUACAACACUUUCAGUGGAUUUGACAUAGUGGUGAUGUUGGUUCACGACACUGACGCAUAAAUUUACGACGGCGGUCGACUUCCUUUCCUGCUAUAUGGCUACGAGAUAACAGUGGAGUAAUUUUCUAAUUAUGCUGAAAAAAUACUUUGGUAGACAGAUGACAUCUGAUUGUAAAGAACUGCCGUCGUAUACUAUAGCAUAUUGGUUUGGCACUAGCAGUUCGGUUUCGGAAACACGUAAUCCUCAAUGAGUCGUCUGCUGCUUUGACAGUUCCUCAUUACGUAGUGCGUGAUUAGCAUUCCGCUCAAACUCAAACAUUUUUUUUUGUUGGCUCCCCUCUUGAAAUGUUCAUUCAUAAAAUUUACAUUCAUCAGAAGAACAACGGUUCAUCAUGAAUUUCAAUGUGAUGCGGUAUUAUAUUGCCACGCUAGUGUUCCAAACGCUUGUUCUACACGUGACAGUUUUGGUGCAAGAUGCAAGUGCGGCUGUAGCCGGAAAAAACGAUAAUUACGACAGUUUAUUAACCGGUCAAGGAUUAUACAGCAGCAACGAUGGAAUAUACAUUUUAAACGCAACUAAUUUUAAACCCAGUAUUUACGAAAGCAAGACAGGCUGGUUCGUGGAAUUUUACAACAGCUGGUGCGGAUUUUGUCUUCGAUUUGCAGAUACUUGGAAGGCUCUUGCUCAAGACAUCGGACACUGGAAAGAUGUUGUUGUGGUAGCUGCAAUUGACUGCGCAAAUGAUGAUAACAACCCGAUUUGUCGAGAAUAUGAAAUAAUGCAUUAUCCAAUGCUCAAAUAUUUUCAUGUUGACGCUAAACCAGGUCAACUCGGUAUAGAAAUUGAGAAAGGAAAAGACAUGGAUGCCGUAAGACAUAACUUGAUUGACCGCCUUGAAAAGGAACAGCAAGAAGGUCGCGGUCAUUCUUGGCCGAAUAUAACUCCUUACCGAAGUGGGGAUACGAAGAAUUUGUGGAAAGAUUUACCUGCCGGUGUAAAAUAUAACUUUUUAAUAUUUGAAACGGUGGAUUCAUUCCUAGCCACUGAGGUGACCUUAGACUUACACAACAUCAGCAGUAUACAAGUUCGUGGUGUGACCUCUGAGAAUGAGCCACUUAGCAUAAUGCUUUCAGUAAAUAAAUUUCCUACUCUAAUUGCACUAGGCCGUAACAGUUCGCAGCAACUUAUAAAUGUGAGGUACCCAACAAGAGAAGGAAUAAGAAAAGCUAUUAAGGAAUUUUUAGUGUUGAAAGGAAUAACGGUAGAUAUACCUGAUAAUACUAAUAAACAUCCCAGCGAGUGGAUGAAGGUUGAAAUACCAAAUGUGUUGGACAUAAUGAAAGAAAGGAGAGACGAAAAAGAACAGGAGGAAGUCAGAGCACUCGGAGAUCUCCUUUUUCAGUUAGAUUUAGAGACAGCAUUGAGAUAUUCGAUUGACCACGAAAUUCCAAUGGUUAAAAUUAUAGAGGGGGACAAGAUUCAGGCGCUGAAAGCUUACUUGAAUGUACUGGCAAAGUACUUUCCAUUUGGACGCAAUGGUAUUUUAUUUUUAGAUAGAUUAAGAGAACUUGUUGAUCAGCGAGAAAGACUGACAGGGAAAGAAUUCAGACAAAUUGUUAAAUCGACUGAAGAAGAAAUAUCCCCCAUAUACUCUGGGCCACAGGGAUGGAUUGGAUGCAAGGGGAGUGUUAGUAGUUUUCGUGGGUACCCAUGUGGACUUUGGACAAUGUUCCAUAUGCUCACCGUAAACUCCGCAAUCCGUAAUAAAAACAAUCUAGAAUAUAAACCACAAGAAGUUUUACAAGCUAUGCUUGGAUAUAUCAAAAACUUUUUUGGAUGUGCUGAUUGUUCCGAACAUUUCGUCAAAAUGGCUGGUGAAAAUAAAAUGUCUGAAGUACGUACUUUAAACGAAAGUAUUUUGUGGCUGUGGAAAUCGCACAAUCUUGUGAACAAAAGACUGGCUGGUGAUAAAACUGAAGAUCCUAUGCAUAAAAAAGUACAAUAUCCGUCCAAAGAGCAAUGUUCGACUUGCAAAUACAAUAACGAGAGUUGGAACGAAGCAGAAAUAUUACGUUACUUAUAUCGCAAGUACAGCUCUUCAGAAAUAAGUUACUAUAAUUCAAGUGGAAAACUAAACGAGAAUAACAGUAUCGUUCACCUCAAAAUUAGACAAGAACGAUUUGCUUCAGAUAAGUAUAGUGGUCAACGAAAAUUGGGAUGGGAUUUUACAAUAUUUGACAUAAGCAUCUGUGUGGUCCUGUAUGUAACGUCUGCAACGAUACUCGUCCUUGUUUGUAUAAAGUUUGCGAUGAAAAGGACUUACAGGAAGAAAACAUAUAUACAUGAUCUUUUUGGCAAAGUAUAACUUUGUUUGUCGCUUAUGCGAUUUGAUUUAUCAAAGAAACAUUGCAUCACAUUAUAAAGUUUACCAUUAAAUCUGGGAGAAAUCAUGUAUAUUCAGUUUGUCUGUUCACUGUUGGCGUAGCGCUACAAUAUAGGGAGUAUAAUCAAAUCUAAAAUAAAUCCAGAAUGAAAAACAUUAGUUGCCAAAAAAAAAAUAGUGUCCUAAUAAUAAGAGUGGUGAAACGAAAAUCCGUGGUGAUUUCAAUAGAUCAGUGAACAUAACUUUAGCCCUGUAUUGAAUGGAUAAACUGUAAAGGUCUUGUACAUAAAAAAUGCAUCUAAAUAGAUACUUUGUUGAAUAAAUCUAUGCAAUAGUUGAAUUCUUGCAUGUGGCAAAUUUGAAUGGAAUUACGAAACGGAAUUAAAAUAAAUUGUAGCUAUUUAAACUCGUUAACAGUGUAAAUAGAACCUCCCAUACUUACAUACCUCAUGAAUGUAAAUAUCGCUGCAAUGAAAUACAAACUAGUCAUUACGAA